AUGGUUCGAACACGAUCAAGCCUUUCGAAAGUCGCCACUCAAGAGCAAUCGAAGACUGCCUCUUCAUCACGAAGGCACAUUACCACAAAUAAUAAUCAUCACGAUAACAAUGGAGAAAACCAAACAUCCGCUUCUCAAAGCAGAGGUAAGACUAAUUCAACCAGUGAUGAACACGAUUAUGUUUUCAAACCUUCGGCCUCUUCGCUUGUAAAUACGAACGUACGAAACUCUGAGUGUUCAAAAGACGGCUCUGUCAAUUCCGAAAACCAAAAGCAUGAUGAAUUGGAAACAACGAAACCUCUAAAAAGAGUGUCAUUCUCAUCCAGUGUAGCAGAUGAAGAAGAAAAGGAAUCUCCAAAUUCUGCUCUGAGGAAAAGGAAGCAAAGAGAUAUUGCAAAAUUAAUUAUUUCUCCUGCAGAACCUAUUGGACAUAUUAUUGUUUAUUCAAAUGUUAAACAGAGCGUGAGACCAGAUAGCAUGACGUUAUGGAUAGAUCCAAUGGGAUCCAGGGAUACUUUGACGGCCCUUAAAUUUGGAUCAAAUCCAGUAACAACUAAUAUACAAAUCAAAAGAGCUGUCAACAGGAAAUGGCCGAUUUUUCCUGAACACUGCACUCUAACGCAUGAUGGUAAUAGUACAGUUUUACUGCUGGAAAAAGAGGCUAUGGUUGUCGUGAAUGGCCAGUAUUAUAAGAAUUCUCGGACAGCAGAAAAGAAUGUCAUUUGUGUUGAUAAAGUGAUAAUUGACUAUGGUGACAUUAUUGAUUUAGAUGGAAGGUUGUUCAUUUAUGUCAAGCACAAUCUUCCAUCUUAUUUCGCAAGCUACCAACAAAUGUUUAUGAACUAUGUGGAAAACAAAAACAUGAAACGAAAACGAGAAGAUGAAGGAGACGAUGAAAACGAAUCGGCUGUAAAAAAGGAAAAAUUAUUGCUUUAUAGCCAAGAAGAUGAAACCACUACUGAAGAUACAGACGAAGAACAAGAUCUAGACGAAGAGGAACAGAUAGAUUCUGAAGAACUUCAAAACGUGAUUUCUGAGAUGGGUGACGAAGAAAUUGAGGAUUAUGGCCAUCUAAACGAUUUAGAUUUGGAAACUGACGAUAUGACACUUCAGACUGAAGAUAAUAAUAUCCCUUGCUUUGUAUCAUCUCCCCAGAAGGAUAACGAUGACAAAAUAUUAGACGAAGCUAAUCCGAUUCAAAGCCAAGAGGACGGAGAUUUAGAACAUAUUAUUGGUGCAGACUUGUACCAAGAAAUAAUCGAAAAGCUGAAUGUUGAAGUUUUUAAGCAAAUGGAAGAAAAAGAAAAAGAGUUCAUGAAGAAAAUAGAGCACUUAGAGAAGGCUUUGAAAGAAGAAAAGGAAAGAGCUUCACAACACUCACAUCAAUUAGAAAAGCAAAUAGAAACACUGAAAAACAAUCUUAAAGACAGGGAGGAAGAAAUAGAGGAGCACAAACGAGCCCUUGAAAAGAGCAAACUACAAAUAGAGAAGAAUGAUGCCAAAGAAAAGACAAUGAAAAACUCAAAUUCAAAACCACAGACUUGGAAAAAAAGUUGCAAGAAAAAAUCAAUGCUCAAGAAACUCUUUUAA